AUGACCGCCACGCAAGACACUCCCGCCGGACGGCAAGUCAACGUCCUUUUCGUUUGCCUAGGCAAUAUCUGUCGUUCCCCCAUGGCCGAGGGAGUCUUCCGUCACGUAGCCGCCUCGCACCCUUUGAUCAACAAGAUCGACUCGGCGGGUACGGGUGCGUACCACGCCGGCGAGUCCCCCGAUUCGCGGACCAUGACCACCCUCCGCAGCCACGGGAUCACAAGAUACGUCCACGCCGCGCGCAAGAUCACCAAGGAGGACUUCUUGACGUUCGACUACCUCAUGGCGAUGGACAAAUACAACCUCCGCGAUCUGCAAGAAACCCGCGAGUCGGUGCUGGCGUCCGCCAAGAAGUCGGGCGCCAAGGUGGCGGAGGUGCGCUUGUUCGGUGACUUCCAGCCCGGAGGUGUCCUGCAUGAGCGGGUCGGAGGAGGCGAGGUCGUCCAGGAUCCUUACUACGGCGGUGUCAAUGGCUUCAAGGAUGUCUAUGAACAGGUGACUCGCUUCUCGAAGAACUUCCUCGAUUACCUCGAGAAGAACCAGGAAACGGAAGUAGAAGAGUGA